CGUCACUCUUGUGCGGUCGAAUUCGAAUAACCUCCAAAAUUCAAAUUCAGAGGUAAUAAAAACGAAAAAACACAAAACAAAAGGGAAGGAAGUGAGAAUGAUUGGGAAAGAAGAAGAAGAAUUCAAAUCCCAUAGCAUUCCGUUAAACGUCUUCGCAACAGGGAGAGAAAGAGAGAACUUCGAACUGCAGAAAAUCUUCGUCUGUAAAAGGAAACACGAGAGAGAGAGAGAACAUAAGCAAGUCAAGCAAGAAAGAGUGUGCAAGAUAAUUGUUGCUGUGAGAAGGUUUUAAGAGAGAGAGAGAGAGUUGGGGGAUGUAGAUUUAGAAGCACAGGAGGUCCACAGAGAGACGGAGAAACAGAGUUCAAAAUCUGAAAGGAACGAUGCCGUUCUCGGCGGAAAUACCUGAAGUCCCUAGCCCGCAAACUGUGAAGAAGAGGUUCCCAAGCUGGUCGAAACUCUGGGUCAAGAACGCCAAGAAGCCUCUCAAGCAUGUGGUCUUGACCAUGCAGGUCCAGUCCCUUUCUUCCCCCGCCAUCAAGUCACCCAAAACCCCCAAGACCCUAGCCCCCACUUUGCCCAAUUUCGAUCCUACUCUCUCCCUACCCGACCCCAUCCUCCUUAAAAUCCUCUCCAAACUCCCUGAUUCCCAGCGUAACUCCAACUCCCUCGUUUGCAAGCGCUGGCUUAACCUCCAAGGUAGACUUUUCCGCUCCGUGAAGCUCUUAGAUUGGAAGUUUAUCGAGUCGGGUCGGUUGGUGAUUCGGUUCCCGAAUCUCACUCGUGUGGAUUUGGUUCCUGGGUGUUUGGUUACUCCCCAAAAUUCCGCCAUUUUGCUGAGCCACAGAGUUGUUUCGGUGCAUAUCGAAUCCGGGUUUUCGAAGAAAUGGAAGUUAUGUGAAGACUGUCUGUUGCCUGCAAAGCUUAUUGAUAGGGGGCUAAAACUGUUGGCGAGUAGUUAUCCCAAUUUGCGCAAGCUUUCGGUGAUUGGCACAAGUGAAUUGGGGCUGUUGAAUGUAGGUGAGGAGUGCUCGACACUCCAAGAGUUGGAGUUGCAUAAGUGUAAUGACGAUGUGUUGCGCGGUAUUGCGGCGUGCACGAAUUUGCAAGUGUUGAGGUUGGUCGGGAAAGUGGAUGGGUUUUAUAGUUCCGUGGUUUCGGAUAUUGGGUUAACGAUAAUGGCACAAGGGUGUAAGAGGUUGGUGAAGCUCGAGCUUAAUGGGUGUGAGGGGAGUUUUGAUGGAAUUAAGGCGAUCGGGCAGUGUUGCCAAAUGUUGGAGGAAUUUACUAUUUGUGAUCAUAGGAUGGAUGGUGGAUGGUUGGCGGGGCUUUCGUACUUUGAGAAUUUGAAGACUUUGAGGUUUCAAUCGUGUAAAAGGAUUGAUCCGAGUCCGGGGCCAGACGAUUACUUGGUUUGUUGCCAGGCUCUCGAACGGUUACAUUUACAGAAGUGCCAGGUACGGGAUAAGAAAAGCCUGCGAGCUCUUUUUAUGGUGUGUGGGGCUGUCAGGGAGAUGGUUUUUCAAGACUGCUGGGGCUUGGAUAAUGACAUGUUCAGCUUGGCUAGUACUUGCAGCAGGAGGGUAGAGUUGCUAUCCUUAGAAGGAUGCUCAUUGCUAACUACCGAAGGUCUGGCCUCUGUAAUUCUUUCCUGGAAGGAGCUACAAAGUCUUGGAGUUGUCUCCUGUAAGAAUAUAAAGGACAGUGAAGUCUCCCCUUCACUCUCAACCUUGUUUUCUGUUUUUAAAGAGUUGAAAUGGAGGCCAGAUACGAAGUCUCUUCUUCCAUCGAGUAUUGCGGGCAUCGGCAUGGGAAAGAAAGGUGGUAAAUUUUUUAAGAGGAUGUGAGACAUUAAGCUGAUAACAAGAACCUGCAGCUUAAUCUUACACGGAUGAUUCAGACAAACAUCGCUGACCAGAGUUGUGAAGGCUGUACUGUUCUGUUGUCCUUAAUUUUAAAUUUGAACUGUUAAAAUAUAUAUAGAUGUUAACAAGGGAAGGUGGUAGGCAUUGUACAUUCUGCCUGCCCCACUUUCUCGGGCGGGUUCCCCCAUCUUCAACUGCAAUUUUUAAUCUCCCAAGGUCAAAAUAUCACGUUCACGUUUUGUAAUAUAGUCAAACAUCUAUGUUAUAAAAGUAUUUCUGCGUGCAAGAUAGUGUAAAGGAUUACACUUUCUUAUAAA